GCACGAUAAAACAGCCUCGCGCCGCAUGCUGGCAACGUUGCCGUUUCCCAAGCUUGGGGGUAGGGGCAGCCAAGAACCCAACCAAUUUCUGCUCCUCCGCUCCGCCUGCCACCCACGGCCACGAACAGCAACCGCAGCUUGCCAGCAGAACGCAACGCCCCGGCCCUCCCCUCCCCUCCCGUCGCGCCCCCCAAAAUCUAGCCAGCCACGGCCCCCCGUCUUCCUCUCUGCCAAGAAAGGCUCCACGUUGACAUCGAGGGCGGCGUAGUGCGUACGAGCGCGCGCGUACCAGCCAUGCGCCCGUGAUGGCCCGGCCGCUCCAGAAGAUCGGCCUCGAAAGGUUCUCGUUCAGGCGGCGGAGGUCGGUGUCGUCGUCGUCGUCGCCGUCGUCGCCGCUGUCGCUGGCCUCGGACGGGACGGACGGCAGCACCAUGGAGACGGCGGCGCCUUCCACCAGGCGGAUUCUGUCGAGGAGCUGCGGGUCCAAGGGAAGCCGGCUCUCGGUGGACCUUCCGCCGCCGCUGGCCGGCGGCCCGUCGGAUAAGGGGGCGGCCGGGAGCUCGUCGUCGCAAGCGGUGCCGCCCAGGCCGGCCCGGCAUGAGGGCCCGCCCUCAGAUGCGGAGAUGGUGAAGGAGAAGUUCUCCAAGCUGCUGCUCGGAGAGGACAUGUCCGGCACCGGCAAGGGGGUGUCCUCUGCUCUUGCCCUGUCCAACGCCAUCACUAAUCUUGCGGCUUCUGUGUUUGGUGAGCAGCGCCGUCUGCAGCCGAUGGCCGCCGACCAGAAAGCGCGGUGGCAGAAGGAGAUCGACUGGCUUUUGUCGGUCGCCGAUCACAUUGUCGAAUUUGUUCCUUCGCAGCAGAUGUCCGACAACGGGACCUGCAUGGAGAUAAUGGUAACCCAGCAGCGUCAAGAUCUACAAAUGAACAUCCCUGCAUUGCGCAAGCUCGAUGGAAUGCUCCUUGAAUAUCUUGAUAGUUUCAAAGACAGACAGGAGUUCUGGUAUGUGUCGAAAGAUGCAGACGAAUCGGAGAAGGGCAACAUGCCGAGGCAGGAUGACAAAUGGUGGCUCCCAACUGUUAGGGUCCCUCCUAAUGGUCUGUCAGAUGCAUACAGGAAAUGGCUUCAACACCAGAAGGAUCUCGUUGCACAAGUGCUGAAGGCAGCAAUGGCCAUCAAUGCUAAUAUUCUUAUGGAAAUGGAGGUCCCAGAAUCAUACAUGGAGUCCCUACCAAAGAAUGGGAAGUCCACCCUUGGAGAGUCAAUGUACAAACUUAUAACUGAUGAUUAUUUUGACCCGGAAGAACUUCUAAGUUCUGUAGACCUGUCUGAUGAACACAACAUUGUUGAUCUAAAGAAUCGAGUCGAAGCCUCAGUAGUCAUCUGGCAGAAGAAAAUGACCAAUAAGGACAGCAAAUUAUCGUGGGGACAUGGGGUUAGUCACGAGAAGAGGGGAAUGUUUGAAGGCAGGGCAGAGAACGUUCUUCUCCUGAUCAAGCACAGAUAUCCUGGCAUUGCUCAAUCAACUCUGGACAUAAGCAAAAUCCAAUGCAACAGGGUACAGAAAGCAUUCACAAUUCCCAUAGCCUUUUACAGAUACACUACAGUGUUUUGUUUACUCACAUAUAUUGCACAUCUCCCCUCUUAUCUUUUUUUUCAGGAUGUUGGCCUUGCCAUUUUGGAGAGCUACUCCAGGACUCUUGAGAGCUUAGCUUUCACAGUUAUGUCUCGAAUCGAAGAUGUCCUCAACGUUGACUUGGCCACUCAAGAUCCCAAGAACGUGGAUUCAAUGAGAAUACCCAGUUUAACUUCAGACGACACGGAUAAGGUUGUCUCAGAUGCUAAGGCCGAGGUAGAGAAGUCGAGGAGAAUGGAACCAGUUACAGCAACGAUGUACGACUUUGUGGGCUCAUGGGACCAUGUCAAGGAGAGCGCUAAUGGUCCGAAGCUGUCCAAGAUCUCAUCAAUUGCAACCAAGAGGUUUUCUUACCUUGAUAAUUUGGGUGGAACAAGAAGCCCAAUAGCUAGACACUAGCUGCUAUAGGGGUGAGGAUAGAUGGAUCAUGCUGCCAGGAAACCUUUGGAAGAAACUUUGUACAUAGCACAGAUGUCUCCAAUGCAUCAUGAUAUUCGGAAAUGGGGGUUCCCUUUGAGGUUCUGUAAACUAACUCGGAGGAAGUUUGGUGCAUGAAGCCAUGCCAAUGUGAAUUCUUGGCAUAUUUACAUGAAAUAAUCAGAAGAUCAUAACUCAUGAACUGACCAUCAACAGUAGGCCUGUGGGAUUUGUACUUGUACGGUUUCAAAAGAAAAGGAGGGGAAAAGAUUGUAUUGCCCUA